AAUUAUAAUAGUGUUUAUUUGUGAUUGCUUAUGCCAACUCAAGCUUUGAUUUCAAUUCAAGUCGUUUCUAAAUUCUUAAAGUGAUAAGAAUUAAACAUUCAAACUCUUGAUAAAGAGCGUGUUCACGGCUGAUGCACGAGUUCAACAUCAUCAUCAUGAGCUGAUAUAGUGUUGAUGACAGAAUAUAUUCUCACAGAAAAACGUGUGUGUGUGUGUGCAGAAGUGGCUACAUGUUGUAAAGCGUCUUAUGAAGACAUUAAAAGAGCUCUUCAUUAUUUGGAAGACCAAAUGUGUUCUGCUGAAAUCUCCUGCCGUCAGCAGCUGUCAACAGGUCUUUACAGCUGCAAUCCUGAGCCUUCCUGUUCAGACAGUGUUUUCAGAUUCCCAUCCACAGUCAUGUGGUGAUACAGUCUCUCUCUCACACACACACACACACACACACACAGUCCCUCACUCAUCAUGGCCCACCCGUACGACCCUUGGUUGCGUGCAGGACCACCGCAGGAGGAGGUGAGCGUGUCUGGCUGGUGGGACAUGCACACUGGAGCAGCAGCAGGUUGGAUGGACCUGCAGGGGGCGGGGCUGGGGGCGGGGCCAGCACAGGGUGGUUCUAUGAGCUCCUACACAGCUGACCCACAGAUGUGCUGCGUGCCACCCUCCGGCUCCAGCCACUCCGGCCUGCACUACCCGCCUGAGGGCUUUAAGAUGGAGCCGUUGACACAAGAUCUGCUGCCGCUCCCACAGGCCUCCCCUUCCUACUCCUCAGAGGAGCAACAGGAUGCCGCAGGUGCUUCCGCUCGACCGAAAUCACAGCGUCGUACCGGGAGUCGCGCUCCUGGUCAAGCCUCCUGCCGCUGUCCCAACUGCCUGAGCGCAGAGUCUCUGGGAAGUGCUGGCGAUGGUGGCAAACGCAAGCACCUGCACAACUGCCACAUCCCUGGCUGCGGGAAGGCGUAUGUGAAGACGUCGCACCUCAAAGCGCACCUGCGCUGGCACAGCGGUGACCGGCCCUUCGUCUGCAACUGGCUGUUCUGUGGCAAACGCUUCACACGAUCGGAUGAACUGCAGCGCCACCUACAGACGCACACUGGUGCCAAACGCUUCGGCUGCAGCUCUUGCCCGCGGGUCUUUCUGCGCGCCGACCAUCUGGCCAAACACAUGCGUGUGCAUGAGUCACCAUGCCAACCGGCCGAAGAGACUCAUUCGGCAACGGCGGUGCCCAUGACAGGAAGCAGAUCUGCUGCGACGUCUCUACUCAGAGUGAAGACGGAAUCAGAGAACUGUGACGACGACACAACGGUAGCAAACAGCUAAUCGCUCAACUGCUCAUUAGUCAUGUGACCAAUAAAACCAAACUUAUGGAUGUGCCGUUCAUCAUUCUGAUGGUGACUGAUGUGUACUGUAAUCACAUAUGAAAAUGAUCUGUAGAACGUGGCAUUAGGAUGAAACACGUAGCAUAAUGCUGUUAUAUCUUCUGUUUUAUUUAUAUUUGUACAUUUUUUGUUUCAUAUUCUUUGUUGAUCAACUUAAAAUGUUGUGUCAUCCAUGUAUUUUUGUCAAUGUAAUAUUCCAAUUUUUAGUGAGGGUAUGUAAUUAGUUUGAA